AUGGGACCAGAGGGCUGGGGGAACCGAAAUAGAGAAGGAAAAUUGUUGCUGGAAUUCUGCAAGAGGAAUGGGCUGGCGAUCGCAAAUUCCUGGUACAAGAAGAGAAGUAGCCACAAAAUAACUUGGUACAGUGGAGACUGGUCCCAAACUUCAGUAGUAGACUACGUACUAGUGGAUAGGCAGAUGAUGAGCAGCCUCACAGAUGUUAAGGUCAUUUCAUCUGAGGCCUUAGACAGUGACCAUCGGCUGUUGGUAGCCACCCUGAGAGAGAAAAAAGAUAGGAGGGCAACAGACAUACAGGAGAAAAGGUUGAAGACAUGGAUGCUGAAAGAGGAUGAACGGAGGACCCAGUACCAGACACUGAUCAGGAAGAAGCUGCCAAAGGAAGAUCAGAGAACAGUGGAAGAAGAAUGGGGAGAUUUUAAGAGGGCUCUAGUUGAGGCAGCUGAGACUGUGUGCGGAAGUAAGGAAACUCCAUGGUGGAACAACAUAUGUAAAGAGGCAGUACUUCGAAAGAACAAAGCCUUCAGAGAAUGGUUCCAGACCUGA